CAACUCGGCGGAAAAUCUGUCUCCCUCCAAGCAGGUGCCGUUUUUUCGCCCACCAAGCAAGGAGUUAUUGUAUGGAGGUCAAGGAGUGUUAGUCAACAAAUUGGUCAACAAAAUGAAUGUCUUAUUUGCAACGUGAGGUUUAUUUGAUCGAAUAUAAGUUCCACUAAUCCAAAGAAAGGAUAGUUGGAAGCUAAACAGCCCACACUGCCGCUUUGUGGACAACAACUCCCAUUUUAGGGCGGAAAGACAUGUAUUUUGUCAAUAUAUGCAUAUAUUGCCCCAAUGCAUUGUAAACAGGAAGCACAACCUCCUCAUGACCUUCUUCGACCUGAAAACGUAGCGGCAGCUCUCCCUAGCGGUUAGCAAGCAGUUAGCAGCGAAGGGAGUGGAGAGAUUGAGAAGUGAAAAGACAGGAAGACCGUGGUACAUCGGCGUCUCCUAUACUAGAUCUGCAGUGGCUACUGCUGGGGUAUGACAGCUUCUAGCUAUCGUCUUUGUAUGGACAUGUAAAUAGCUGUUUUUGAAAGUAGAUGUGUGCUGUGCCUUCAAGAUGAGUGUGAAGGCAUUUGAGCUGGUCCCUGCCGUGGAGCGGGAGCUCCUGAUGGGAGACAAGGCCCGCAUCAACAUUGAGUGCAUCGAGUGCUGCGGCAAGCACCUGUACGUGGGCACCAACGACUGCUUCAUACAUCACUUCCUGCUAGAGGAGCAUGCAACGACCAAGGGGAUGCUAUCCUACACCGUCCAGAAGCUGCUGUUCAAGUACCUGGGCCUGAAAAAGCCCGUGGAGGCCCUGAAGGCCGCGUCAGCGUUAGAACGCAUCAUUGUGCUCUGUGACGCUACAGUUAGUGUUAUUGACAUGAUCACCUUAGAACCCGUGCCUUCGGGCGGGGCCAAGAUUAAGGGCGUGGCUGCGUUCUGCGUCAACGAGAACCCGGUGAACGGGGACCCGUUCUGCGUGGAGAUCGGGGUGCUCUCGGCCCGGCGGCGCACCGUACAGAUAUACAUGGUUUACGAGGACAGGGUGCAGCUGGUGAAAGAGGUCAACACGCCGGAGCAGCCGUGUGCGGUCAGUCUGGACGGUUACUUCCUGUGCCUGGCCCUCUCCACGCAGUACAUGAUCCUUAACUACAGCACAGGGGCCGCGCAGGACCUGUUCCCCUAUGACAGCGAGGAGAGGAAGCCCAUAGUCAAGAGGAUCGGCAGGGAGGAGUUCCUCUUGGCUGCCCCUGGUGGUCUGGGUAUGUUUGCCAAUGCAGAGGGUAUAUCCCAGCGUGCCCCAGUGAACUGGUCAGAGAGUGUGAUGGGAGCGGCUGUGUGUUUUCCCUAUGUGGUGGCGCUAGACGAGGGCUUCGUCACCAUCCACAGUAUGCUGGACCAGCAGCUCAAACAGACCCUCUCCUUCAGAGACGGACACAUCCUACAGGACUUUGAAGGUAAGGUGGUUCUGGCCUCCACUAAGGCUGUGUACGUGCUGGUGCCCCUACCCCUGGAGAGACAGAUUCAGGAGCUGCUAGCUGGACACAGAGUGGAGGAAGCCCUGGCUCUGACUGAGGGAGCCAGGAGGAACAUUCCCAAAGACAAGUUCCAGAUAUUGCACAAAAGAAUCCUCCAGCAAGCAGGAUUCAUACAGUUUGGACAGCUUCAGUUUCUCGAAGCGAAAGAACACUUCAGGACGGGUCAGUUGGACGUCCGGGAGUUGAUCUCCCUCUACCCUCUCCUCCUCCCGGCCUCCUCCUCCUUCGCCCGCUGCCACCCGCCGCUCCACGGGUUCGCCGACCUCAACCAGCUGGCGCAGGGGGACCAGGACAAGGUCCAGAGGUGCAAGAGGUUCCUCAUCACGUACCUGGGUGAGGUGCGAAGCACGGAGGGGGCUAACGGAUGCCGGGAGGACGUGGACACGGCUCUGUUGAAGCUGUACGCUGAGCAGGACCACGAGAGUCUUCUGGACCUGCUGGCCUCCCCCAACGCCUGUUUACUGGCAGACAGCGCCCCCUGGCUAGAGAAACACCACAAGUAUUUUGCACUAGGCCUCCUCUACCAUUAUAACGGACAGGAUGCAGCUGCUCUACAGUUGUGGGUGCGGGUAGUGAAUGGGGACCUUCAGGACUCUACCAGGUCUGACCUGUAUGAGUACAUUGUGGACUUCCUGGGUUUCUGUUCCAACCUGGACCUGGUGUGGAAAUAUGCGGACUGGGCCCUGCAGAGAGACCAGACGAUAGGGGUGCAGAUCUUCACCAGGAGGCCGGUGGGUCAGGACCAGGUUAAGGAGCAGAAGGACCAGGUGAACCCAGACGACGUCAUCACGUACCUGGGGAAACACAGCCAGGCUCUGCUGCUCUACCUGGAACACCUGGUGCUGGGCCGACGGAUACAGAAAGAGAAGCUCCACACCCACCUGGCAGUGCAGUACACAGACAGAGUCCUGUCUCUCCUGUCUCAGUCCCCCCCAGUGGACCAACAGGUGUCUGUAGCCCGGGACAAACUCCAGCUCCUCCUCAGGGAGUCCAGCCUGUACCGCGUCCAACUACUACUGGGUAAGAUCCAGGAAUGUGACCAGUUGUUUCUGGAGAGAGCCACGCUCCACGGGAAACUAGAGGAGCACGAUAAGGCGUUACACAUCCUGGUGCACCAGCUCAAAGACUUCCCCGCUGCGGAGGCCUACUGCGUGUGGGGUUCCGCCUCCCGGGACCCGGCCUACCAGCAGAGCCUCUUCCACCUCCUCCUGGGGGUCUAUCUGGACCGGGACAUUCCCAGUAGUACUGUCACCGGGGAGCUGGAGAUGGCAGCGGUGGACCUGUUAAACCGGCACGGGGAGGUGUUCGACGCUGUGCGCGUGCUGGACCUGCUUCCUGAAGGCUGGUCCCUGCAGCUGCUUCGCCCGUUCCUCGGACGCGCCCUGCGGGGGAGUAUGCACGCCUGCCGCACCUCCCAGGUUGCACUGGGGCUGGCGAGGUCAGAGAACAUACAGCUGCAGCACGACAGGUUGAAGCAGAGGAGGAGCCCAGUCCUGGUAUCACAGAAGAAGGGGUGUGUUCUGUGCCACAACACCUUCAGCGAGCCGGACUGUGUGUGUCUUCCAGGAGGCGUGCCCGUACACACACACUGUGCCGCCCAGAGGGUGGUACGAGACUCGCCCACCAGGAGACAACUAGCCAAUAGCAACAACCACACAUGAAGCCCCUUGACCACCAUCACCACCCAAGCCUCGCCCAGAGCCAGUGUGAUGGGAGGAGCCUAGCAGCAGCCCGGGCUGUGAUUGGUUGCGUCUGGGGGGGGGGGGGUCACAUCAGAUGAUGACUAUGGGGGAUAAAAGCACAGAGGUUACCAUGGCUACCGUGGUCUAGCGUAGUGGGAGUAGUCCUGGAGCAUACUCAGAAACACAGAGCUGACCACACUUCUCUACUGUGUGUGUGUGUGUGUGUGUGUGUGUGUGUGUGUGUGUGUGUGUGUGUGUGUGUGGGAAGGAAGGUAUUUAUUCCAGUGCCACCAUGCAUAAACAACAGGGAGACUGAUGACCGACUGAGUUGUGAAUGAAGUUCUACAACAAGACCUUAACUCCACAUCCAUCUAUAAUGACUUUAACAUUGAAGUGAAACCUACAGUCUGUCCUGGUCUAGAGCUGAACCCCUCCUCUGCUCUGUCCUGGUCUAGUGCUGAACCCCUCCUCUGCUCUGUCCUGGUCUAGUGCUGAACCCCUCCUCUGUUCUGUCCUGGUCUAGUGCUGAACCCCUCCUCUGUUAUGUCCUGGUCUAGUGCUGAACCCCUCUGCUCUGUCCUGGUCUAGUGCUGAACCCCUCCUCUGCUCUGUCCUGGUCUAGUGCUGAACCCCUCCUCUGUUAUGUCCUGGUCUAGUGCUGAACCCCUCCUCUGUUAUGUCUGUCCUGGUCUAGUGCUGAACCCCUCCUCUGUUAUGUCUGUCCUGGUCUAGUGCUGAACCCCUCCUCUGUUAUGUCUGUCCUGGUCUAGUGCUGAACCCCUCCUCUGUUAUGUCUGUCCUGGUCUAGUGCUGAACCCCUCCUCUGUUAUGUCUGUCCUGGUCUAGUGCUGAACCCCUCCUCUGUUAUGUCUGUCCUGGUCUAGUGCUGAACCCCUCCUCUGUUAUGUCUGUCCUGGUCUAGUGCUGAACCCCUCCUCUGUUAUGUCUGUCCUGGUCUAGUGCUGAACCCCUCCUCUGUUAUGUCUGUCCUGGUCUAGUGCUGAACCCCUCCUCUGUUAUGUCUGUCCUGGUCUAGUGCUGAACCCCUCCUCUGUUAUGUCUGUCCUGGUCUAGUGCUGAACCCCUCCUCUGUUAUGUCUGUCCUGGUCUAGUGCUGAACCCCUCCUCUGUUAUGUCUGUCCUGGUCUAGUGCUGAACCCCUCCUCUGUUAUGUCUGUCCUGGUCUAGUGCUGAACCCCUCCUCUGUUAUGUCUGUCCUGGUCUAGUGCUGAACCCCUCCUCUGUUAUGUCCUGGUCUAAAUGCUGAACCCCUCCUCUGUUAUGUCUGUCCUGAUCCUCUGUUAUGUCUGUCCUGGUCUAGUGCUGAACCCCUCCUCUGUUAUGUCUGUCCUGGUCUAGUGCUGAACCCCUCUGCUAUGUCUGUCCUGGCCCAAACCUGAGAUGAGCUUGAGUCUAUCCCUGGGGAGGGUCUUACUGCAGAACACAGUACAAGCAGACCAGUUAGACAUCUCCUCCUUCACUACAGUGGCUCCUCUCUGCUGCUGGUAUCUGAGACUGAACUUGAAGACGAUGAUUCCCCAGUGAGGCUGUGUUCACAGCCAGGAGAGUUCCUAAUUGUUGCUAAAUGUUCUGCUGUGUUGCACACACUCUCUCUCACCCCUCCAACCUGCUCCCCUACCCGAACAUUGUGUCCACACUACUUAAGAACUGUCUCUCUGCCUUCAAGCAAAAAAAAACAAUGGUUUGGUUUUCACUUUGCUAACCAAGGUGGGGUUGAAACAUCCAGCUAUCCUGAUGCUAGCUGGUUUCAGCUCUGACCAGGGCCGUAUUCAUUAGGCACCAAACUGAAGUAAACGUGAUCGGGACUAGCUGAGCCAUCUCGAAAAACAAACUUGUUUUCCUUUUCCACUGCGAAACAUUUUGCUUCGGUGUUCCCUGAUGAACAUGACCCAGCUCUAUGGGAUGUGAAAUGCUAAAACACUGAACAGAAGAAUUGGCUAAUGUUUCACUAACCAAGCAAACGUUUAACCUGAUCCCAGAUCUGUUCGUGCUCAUGCCAACUUCAUUGCUAUUAGUCAAGCCAAUUAUUUUUGGCAUGACUAUGAGUGACAAGGAGUUGUCAUGGUGACCCAAACAGACUGGCACUCAGGCUAAGCUAUGUCCUAUUUAUAGAGUUCUCGGCUUUGUAUCUGUCCCAUUAUGGCAUCAGUGACAGCAUGAGCAGCACCAUUGAGGCUAUCACCAUUUUAAAGUAGUACAUUUUCUUCUUUUUUUUUUAUGUUUGAGAAAGUGUAUCGCUAAUAUUAGUGAUUUACCUCCACCUGCAUUGCCCGGGGUCUUGAACCAAAUCUUAUCGUUCAUUUGUUGUGGCCACUACAAGGCUUUAAUGUAGCUUAAAGCCAUUUACAAAACUAAGCAAACCAAUUUGAAGAAGACAAUGCUUUGAUCAUUGACCGAUCGCUCCCAACUCAUAGGAAUCGCUGUCCAGUUGACUACUUUAAAAUGGUGGAAGUGCUCCGUGGCAAAGUCCAUGCAAAUAGUGUUAUUUCCAAGUACUGAUCUCUCUCCAUCUCUAAGGUCCCAGUUCAUGUCGAUCAGUGAACAACAUGAUUGUGGGUCGAACAAAGCAAGAAAUCAGCCUUUUUAUUAACACAUUGAUUUACAGGGAAUCCUUCAAUUAUGCAAAUUAGCCGGUAAAAUAUCAUUUGUUUUUUGUGCCGACGCGUUAAAACCAGAUGAGCGUUUUGUGAACAGUAAAAGGGAAAAUGCAUUGCAAUGCAGUCAGUCUGUCUGUUUAAAUGCUUUAGUUGUUUUGUUCUCACCCUGCUUGCAAUGUUUAUAGCAAACUGAUUUGUCUGUCAAAAAAACUAUUUUGACUUUUUAAAAUGUGUGAAAUGUCAAACUUUUUGAUGGAUUUUGCAAUAGACCAUUUGAUGAGCACAGA